AUGCUCCCGCGCCCUCGAGGCCCAAUUUGCAAAGGUUUCUGCAACAAGCACACCAAAACAAUCUGCAAAGGGCCCGCCGCCAUGGGCCCCUUCCAAAAGUCCUGCUGGGACAAGCCCAAAAAGCUAGACUCGGCUUGUUCACGUUUCGCUCCCGCAGCUCCCUCCCAUUCUUGA